AUGGAGAAACGAGGUAAGCCAUUGAAGGGCUACCUCGCAAACUCCUACGUUGGCGAGGUGGUAGGUCAGAAGAUCAUAAUUGGCUGUGUUGAACGCUGCGAUAUAUGCCGGGUAUGUCGAUCGGAAGGAACUCCUGAGAAGCCCCUCUAUCAUCCGUGUGUGUGCACCGGCAGUAUUAAAUUCAUUCAUCAAGAAUGCUUAGUUCAGUGGCUCAAACACAGCAGAAAAGAAUACUGUGAACUAUGUAAACACAGAUUUGCUUUUACACCAAUUUAUUCCCCAGAUAUGCCUUCCCGGCUUCCAAUCCAAGAUAUAUUUGCUGGACUGGUUACAAGUAUUGGCACGGCAAUACGAUACUGGUUUCACUAUACGCUUGUGGCCUUUGCAUGGUUGGGGGUUGUACCCCUUACAGCAUGCCGUAUCUACAAGUGCUUGUUUACUGGCUCUGUGAGCUCACUACUGACUCUGCCAUUAGAUAUGCUGUCUACAGAGAAUUUACUGGCAGACUGUUUGCAAGGUUGUUUUGUGGUGACGUGCACACUCUGCGCAUUUAUCAGCCUGGUAUGGUUACGUGAACAAAUUGUCCACGGAGGAGCACCGCAGUGGCUGGAGCAGAACCAGCAGCAGGCCAUCCAUGGCGCUGGGCAGCAGAAUGAGGUUCAGGGUGCAGGAAAUGGGGGAGCUGAAAAUGCUGCCCUGGACCAGCCCGUGGACCAGCCUGCUGAGAAUGCGGUUGUUGGUGAGAACCCAGAAAUCCAAGAAGAGCAGCCGGAUGAAGAAGAGGAAGACAAUGAAGACGAAGAAGACGUAGUAGUAGAGGAUGCAGCAGACGCAAACAAUGGAGCACAAGAUGACAUGAACUGGAAUGCCUUGGAGUGGGACCGAGCCGCAGAAGAGCUUACCUGGGAGAGAAUGCUUGGGCUUGAUGGAUCCCUGGUUUUUUUAGAACAUGUCUUCUGGGUGGUCUCACUAAACACGCUAUUCAUACUUGUUUUUGCAUUUUGUCCUUAUCACAUCGGUCACUUCUCUAUUGUUGGGCUGGGUUUUGAGGACUAUGUUCAAGCAUCUCAUUUCGAAGGCCUAAUCACAACAAUAGUUGGUUAUGUGCUGUUGGCGGUCUCACUAAUUGUUUGUCAUGGCUUGGCUGCACUUGUCAAAUUCCAGAGAUCACGUCGCUUGCUUGGGGUGUGCUACAUUGUUGUCAAGGUAUCGCUAUUAGUGGUUGUAGAAAUUGGCGUUUUCCCUCUCAUCUGUGGUUGGUGGCUAGACAUAUGCUCACUGGAAAUGUUUGAUGCUACUUUGAAGGACAGGGAGCUGAGCUUUCAGUCUGCCCCCGGCACGACAAUGUUCCUGCACUGGCUCGUGGGAAUGGUGUAUGUCUUCUAUUUUGCAUCCUUCAUCCUCUUGUUGAGAGAGGUGCUUAGACCGGGCGUCCUGUGGUUUCUGAGGAAUUUAAAUGAUCCAGACUUUAAUCCUGUUCAAGAAAUGAUUCAUUUACCUAUUUAUAGACAUCUCAGGAGGUUUAUUUUAUCAGUGAUUGUCUUCGGGUCAAUUGUUUUACUCAUGCUGUGGCUUCCUAUACGGAUUAUCAAAUACCUCCUGCCUAAUUUUCUUCCUUAUAAUGUAAUGCUUUACAGUGAUGCUCCUGUGAGUGAACUUUCCCUUGAGCUCCUUUUACUCCAGGUGGUCCUGCCCGCGUUGCUUGAACAAGGACACACGAGGCAGUGGCUGAAGGGGCUCGUACGCGCCUGGACGGUCACUGCUGGGUACCUAUUGGAUCUGCAUUCUUACUUACUCGGAGACCAGGAAGAGAAUGAAAACAAUGCCAACCAACAGCCUAACAACCAGCCUGCUCGCAAUAACAAUGCCAUUCCCGUCGUGGGAGAAGGUCUUCAUGCAGCCCACCAAGCCAUACUGCAGCAAGGGGGGCCUGUGGGGUUCCAGCCUUACCGGAGGCCUUUAAAAUUCCCACUCCGGAUAUUUCUGUUGAUCGUUUUCAUGUGUAUAACACUACUGAUUGCAAGUCUUAUCUGCCUUACAUUACCAGUUUUUGCAGGCCGUUGGCUGAUGUCUUUUUGGACAGGGACUGCCAAAAUCCACGAGCUGUACACAGCCGCUUGUGGGCUUUAUGUCUGCUGGUUGACCAUUCGGGCAGUGACAGUGCUCCUUGCUUGGAUGCCCCAAGGCCGCCACGUGAUUUUUCAGAAAGUGAAGGAAUGGUCCCUCAUGAAGAUGAAGACAUUGAUAGUUGCGAUAUUGCUGGCUGGCGUCGUUCCACUUUUGCUUGGACUUCUCUUUGAGCUGGUCAUUGUUGCUCCUUUGAGGGUUCCCUUGGAUCAGACUCCUCUGUUCUACCCUUGGCAGGACUGGGCUCUUGGUGUUCUGCAUGCCAAAAUAAUUGCUGCUAUAACGCUGAUGGGCCCCCAGUGGUGGCUUAAAACGGUUAUUGAACAGGUGUAUGCAAAUGGCAUUCGGAAUAUCGACUUACAUUUUAUAAUACGGAAACUUGCAGCACCUGUGAUCUCAGUCUUGUUGCUUUCUCUCUGUGUACCUUACAUCAUAGCUUCUGGAGUUGUACCUUUACUAGGAGUCACUGCUGAGAUGCAAAACCUUGUGCAACGUCGGAUUUAUCCUUUUCUCCUUAUGGUGGUGGUUUUGAUGGGGAUCUUGUCCUUCCAGGUCCGUCAGUUCAAGCGCCUUUACGAACAUAUUAAAAACGACAAGUAUCUUGUUGGGCAGCGACUCGUGAAUUAUGAGCGAAAAGCUGGUAGACAAGGGACAUCGCCGCCGCCACCUCAGUCUUCGCAAGAAUAAAAAUGGUCCCAUGGAGUCACUUGAUCUUCCCUUGCCUUGGUGUCCUUUUUCGUAGACUGGUCUUUAUUCUUUGGGUCUUUCUCCACAAGCCUCUCAGCAGUUUUUUUUUAAUCUUUUCAUGUUUUGCUUCUGAUGGCAUUCAGAUAGCAGUUGAGGCCAUGCACCUUUUUAUCUGCAUUUUCUGAAGUUUGUCAGUCCUGAGAUCUGUAAAUGUGUAAAUAGCAAUACCCCAAUACCCUAAAUCCUUGGAUUAAAAAUGAAUGUCCAUUGUACAUCUUUAAAAGAAUAUUAAUUUAUUAAAUCUAGUUGUCACUUUAUAUUUUGGACUGCUGUUCCGUUGACAAAUGUGCCACGAUGCAGGACAGCAGAGAGCAGGUUUCUUAACAGAGAGAAUGGGGCCUGUCCUUAUGAUGGUGGUUGGCCAUUCAUAAAACACAGUUUUGGAACAGCUGGGGGCUCACCAAGGAUGGAUGAACAAGAUGGCUGUAGCAAGAAUAAGAGCUGUUUCUUAGUUUUUUAAAAUCAUUUUGUAAAGCAUUGAAACUGUUGUACAUUUCUAUUGCCUGAUAAUUUGUUUUCCAUGUUUCUAAGUUUUUUAAUAUUGCACAGCAACUGGUAGAUCAAGACAAAUAUUUCUCCUUCAGACAAUUUUGACAUUGCUUGUACAGUUCUGACGCUUUAAAUUUCUUGGUCCUAGAAGACAGAUUUUUAAUUUCAGAGCACUACGUCAAAGUUUAUUAGAGCUAGGUGAAAGGACUACUUAAAUCUUCUAAUGGAAAGGUUUGUGAGAAGAAUGAGUUCCCAGUGCAUAAGACUAUUUCCUUUGCAUCUUUGAAAGUAGUUUAAAUGUUCACAGGGAAUUAUUUACUUUAGAAAACAGAGGACAAAAGGUGAGCUGACAUAGUUCUUCAAGAGUACAGAGAAAACAGAGUUCAAAUGUGCAAUGAAAGAUCCCCCCUCCCCAAACGUCCUGAAACUUUUGAAGUUACAGUCAAACCUCUAAAAUUUACUAUGGACUUUUUUUUAACCAUGUCACAUUAAAAGUAAACAUCUGUAGUUCUAGAAAUGGUCAGCAUUAAUUCUCGAUAGCAGUAAUGCUAGAGGCUUUUACUUAAUUAGUAAAAUUAGUAAUUGUCUGUGAAAAAA